AAAGAGAACAUUCUCAUUCUUCUUUUGUUUCUGGUCAUAUAAUUUACUCUCUUCGAGACACAUCAUCUGCAUAAGCAAUAUUUUUUUCAACUCAUAAAUGGAUUCUGAUCAUUGCAAUAGAUACUAGGGAUCAGGAUUUCAUCACGAUUUAUCGAAAUAUAUUUUUAAAUAAAAUAUUCUAGAUUAGUAAAUCUCCUGAGAUGUUAUCUGCUACAUGGUUAGAGAAUUAUAGCAGUUUGACAGAUCAAUUACAAUAUGAGACAGAUAAACACUACGAGCAUAUCAGUGCCUUUGAAUUAUCAUGAGCUGAAAAAUAUUGUAGAAUUCCUGAUUACAUGAAUUUGUGCCCUGUUGUAUUUUCAUCUUAGUAUUUGAUUUGGUGGAUUUUUAGCUUUGUACAUGCUGACCCCAUUUAGAUGGGAGAAGAUGAUUUGGUUAUGGUAGAAAUCUUGUCCAAGGGAAUUAUUCACUUGAGAAAUUCUUUAAAUACCAAUUAUUUUCUACAUAUUUAGGAUUUCAAAUUAUUAAUCCGUAAACUUUUAAGGAUCAUUAGCUGAUUAAUAAAAAUAACUCGAGAAUAAAAACAUAAAAAGUAGUCUAUAGCUCCCAUGCAAAAAUUAUUCUAUUCAUAGUUUUUUGUCUUGGGGUUAAGCAGGUACCUGGUCUUAGGAAAAUUAAUUUCAGAAGAUGCUACAAGGAGUUGGUCCAGUUGGUUGGUAGCACUUGAUAUGGCCAAUGUUCUAACUUGGUUGUGUCGAAUGACACACUUCACAGGCCACUCAAAAGAUUGUUAUUCAUGAACUAGAGUACCUUUACGAAAAUUAAAAGUUAUAACUGUGAUUCAAUAUUAAAUCGUUAGCUUUUGCCAUCUGGAGAUCAUGGUGGAAAGCUCAAGCCGUCGCCUUAUCUCACCAUUUGUCUUUAUAUAUUAUAUUAGAAAGGCGACUGAACAUUGCUUCACUGUAAGGAAGAUUAGUGUCUGAAUCAUUCAGCAUGAAUGUGCUUUUCUAGGAUUAACCUGAUGUAAUUGGAUCAUCAGUUAGAACAUAUAUUUAGUAAUAGUGAACAUGGAUUAGUGGUGGCUGAGUGUCUCGUGCUACUGAUAGAAUGUUUUACAGACAUAUUUAACCAUGUAUACAUGAUCUAUGCUAUAUUGGUUUAUAUUCUGUUAACAUUUCUGAUCAAUGUAUCCAGGUUGAAGUGACUGAUGCAGCUCUUCUUGCUCUGAUAGAAAAUUAUUGCCGAGAGGCAGGUGUUCGGAAUCUUCAAAAGCAAAUUGAGAAGAUAUACCGCAAGCAAAUCCCAACCAUAACUGUUGAGCAUUGGGUUGCCUCUGAUGACGAGCCACAAUGUUAUCGAUAGCUCUGCAACUUGUCCGUCAAGGGGUGACAAAUGAGCAAUCUCUAAAAGUCAGCCUUCAGCAAGGAGCCAAACAGCUUAGAGAGAAAUCUACUGAAGAGCCUACUCAAAUUGCAGAUGAUGGUCCAGGGGGGAAGAAACUGGAGGAUGGGAACUCACACGAAAGGGCUACAACAACUACCUUAACAGAAUCUGAACAAGCAAUUGAAGUCUCGUUACAUGAACAGCCUAAUGGAACUGCCACAGAAGAAUCAGAAGCAACUUCUCAUGAGCAUCUUGUUGAACAGUUGGAGGCUGACAAAGUGCAGCCAACUCUCUUAUCAUCAGACGGUAUUGCAACAACAGACCAACCCGUUGAUUCAAAGGUCAAUAUAAAAACAAGUGAUGUAAAGGAUGUGAAAGUUGAUAAUGUGAUUGAAAAGGUCAUAGUUGAUGUCUCAAACCUGGCUGAUUUUGUGGGCAAACCAGUAUUCCAUGCCGAACGUAUAUAUGAUCAGACUCCAGUAGGAGUUGUCAUGGGUCUUGCUUGGACUGCAAUGGGUGGUUCAACAUUGUAUGUUGAGACCGCCCUAGUGGAGCAAGGAGAAGGGAAAGGUGCACUUCUAUUGACGGGUCAGCUCGGAGACGUCAUGAAGGAGAGUGCGCAAAUAGCUCAUACCGUAGCCAGAGCAAUAUUGCUUCAGAAAGAACCAGACAAUCCAUUUUUUGCAGACUCCAAGCUCCAUUUGCAUGUGCCGGCUGGUGCUACCCCAAGGAUGGACCAAGUGCAGGGUGCACCAUGAUAACCUCAAUGUUGUCUCUUGCCAUGAAAAAGCAUGUUAAAAAAGAACUUGCAAUGACUGGUGAAGUAACAUUGACAGGACGGAUUCUCCCAAUUGGUGGGUUUUUAAAAGUUUCAUUCCUACCAAACAGGUAAAGGAGAAGAUAAUUGCUGCAAGAAGAAGUGAGGUGAAGACUAUCAUAUUCCCAUCAGCUAACAGAAGAGAUUUUGAUGAGCUUGCUGCAAUGUGAAGGAAGGCCUUGAAGUUCACUUCGUAGAUGAUUAUAACCAAAUAUUUGAGCUGGCUUUUGGAAGCAACUCUAAGCCACAAAUCUAAGUCUCUGAUCCACCUGUAUUGGGUCUUCACAUGUUAUAGUUUUCUUGACGACUGCAAGAAAUUCCAUGGUAGUUCUUCAUGAUGCAGCCACCAUGGACCAAUUCCAAAGAGAGUUAGCCUUUUAUUGAGGUCAUGGACAAUUCCUAACGGGCUUCCUAGAGCAUCCAUGAUUUGAAUGCUUGCAUGUACUGAUGCCUGAAGAUUGUUUAUUAAUUAUGUCUUACAACCAUUGCGAAAAAAACCAUAGCACGGCUGUAUUUUUUGUGAUCUUUUCUGGAGGUGGAUGGUGGUCAAGAUAUAAAUACAUUAUUUCGGCAUUUUUGUUUUCAUCAAUACUCAAAUGUAAACUACUCUCAAAACCUAAAUUUUUUAUUCAUUCAAAUGUAUGAUGAUAGCUGAUUAUUAAUUUGAUCAUGUUUGCUGGAUUGGUUUCAACUUUCAA